GUGAAUCUCUUUGGGGAAAAAUUUAUUCACUUGCGGCGAAUUUCCCACCAACAACAGUUGGGAGGAUUUUUUGCUCUGGCUUUUUUCUGCCGCUUGCGACUAGUAGGUAUCGUAACAAUUCUUAAGUGCGGUGCGGAACCGAAAAACAGCAGCACAUCAGUGAGAAUGCUGUCAGUUUCAGUGCACUCGCCGAGGAUCGUUUUCAUUUCCGCAUCAUCAACCGAGUGUCGACCAAUUAUUGUUAGUCAGUGGACCAGUUCUUAGCUCGGUUUAGGAUUGUUUUUUGGCAAAGUGGCAAACGACUAGCUGGGAAGCAUCCUCCAAGAUGCCGAUUACAGCACCAAUCCAGGCCUUCCGCAUCGUCGGCUAUGUCUAUGCCGUGCUCAACAUUGUGGUGGCGAUUUGCGAAGCCAUUCGAUGUUUAGCCUCCUUCGGCAGCGAACAUGAAAAUAACACGGUGCUGGCACUCAAAAUGAUCUUCUCGCUGUUUUGUUUUGCGUUCGCUAUUAUGUUGGUGAUUGGCAUCAAAAGGGAGAAGAUUGAAUACAUUAUCGUGUACCGGAUAUUCGUGAUAUUCCGUAGCAUUUGUGGAUUCGUUUACAUGCUGAUCAAUUCAUUGAUCAUCAUCGUGGAUCUGGCUAACACCUCGUCGACGGGGAGUGCCAUGUUUGCCGGGUUGCUGCUGAUUCUGGCCAUCGCUCUAUUUGCCAGCAUCAUCACUCUGGAGCUGUGGGUCCUCGAAGGCAUCAAGCGCUACGUGGAGCUGCCAACGGAAAUCGUGAAACCCACCCCGGCCGUAACUCCCGUCUGAGGACACGCCAACAACGCCCCGGAGAUCUUUCAUAUUCCCUGUUCAAAACUAAUAUAAUUCCAAUUGUUGUAAAACGUAGCAAAACUUUAACGAAGAAGGACGAGACGACGACGAAGAUAGAUGAUAGAGGAAGAAGAAAAAAGUUUCAUACGCACACGCAUGCUUGGGACGACCAGUUGCUCAAACUUUUUGUAAGAACAAAAACAAAACCGACACUUAGCGCUAAUUUUUUCGUAAAAUUACAUUUAAUGAAUAGUAAGUGCAAAACUUAUAG